GGUGCAACCUUUUCCGAACAAAGGGUGGAUGAGGUAUUGAGGGGGAGUAGGGUGGGGUAGUGAAGUCAAUCCAUGUGAAAGAAAUUGUCACUUACGGUUGGUAAAAGGCCGGCUCACCUUAUAAUCAAGGUGACUUACUUCAAAUUUCUAGUGUCGUUAGAGCAGGCGGUUAAAUACUGCAGCUGUGAGAGAAACAGUUAAGGAAAAGAAAAAUGAAGACCAUCUGUCUGCUCACAGUCCUCGCCCUCGGCAUCGCUGCCGUUGCACGUGCACAGUCGACCGUCGCCCCCUGCAGCAGCUCCGCCGACACCGUGGGCUUCAACCAGCUGCUGCGCGACAUCGAGAACUCGGGGCUCAUCCAGGCUCUGCCCGCCAACCUGCGCGUGCUGCCCUUCGAGAUCGUGACGGCGGCGGAGAACACGGAGCUGUCCAAAAUGUUCGACGAACUUGGCUACGAAACCAUCUUGAAAGUCCUCGACGGACUGACAGACCAGUUUUCUCACGAGUUCACGAAGUACCUUGUGUCGCACCUUGACUCAGAAGGCUGUGCCAAGACUUCUACUGGCAAAUAAAGUGAAGAUUGUUUCUUGGCGCAGCUUGAGGAAAACAAACAUGAAAGGAUGAGCAAGUUUACUGGUGGCGUCUGUCGUCUGUCCUAACAACUGUUCCCUCAUCCAUCGAGUUUCCUGUCCUACCCAUUAAAGACAUGUCCUACACGCGCACAUGUGUGCAUUUAUUUUCUUGAAAUAAAUUUACAAUACAUUA